AUGAACGGCGAAAAUUCCCACAUCCAGGAGAAUGACGUUGCCGUCGAGAAGCAGUCUCCGAUCUCAGCCAAGCAGUUUAUGCCAAGGCGGAAGAAGAUUACCAUUAUAGGUAUCUCCUUGGCUGUCGUUGUCGGACUGUCCGUCGGCCUUGGCGUCGGCCUGACAAGACACAGAAGUGGCGGCGAUGACAGCCUCGAUACCAACAACACCAAUCUUCAGUCACCGAAUGAGUCUAUAAGAGCCUCAAAGUGGAAGCCUCAAGUGGGCGACUCAUGGCAGAUAGUUCUGAAAAACACCAUUCGCAAUGACGUCGACUUUACUCCCGACGUUUCCGUCUGGGACUUUGACCUGUUCGAAAACGACAAGGAAACCAUUGACAAGCUGCACAAUCGCGGCAAAAAAGUCAUUUGCUACUUCAGCGCGGGGACAUGGGAAAAGGGUCGUUCGGACGCGGGCGAGUUCCCGGAGACGGAUCUUGGAGGCACUCUACCGGAAUGGCAGAAUGAGCGCUGGGCACGCAUCAGUAAUCCCAAGAUCCGCGACAUAAUGAAGAAGCGCAUCGCGCUAGCAGCAAGCAAAGGUUGCGAUGCGAUUGAUCCUGACAACGUCGACGGUUUUCAAAAUGACGAAAACAACUUGGGCCUGACAGCGCCAGACUCGGUCAGCUACUUGACCUUCCUCCACGACGAGGCUGGAAAGUACAACAUGUCCGUCGGCCUGAAGAAUGCGGCCGCCAUCAUCGACGACGUCAUGCACGUUGUCGACUUUUCCGUCAACGAGCAGUGCGCCACCGACCAGCAGAACCCGGAGUGCGAGACUUUCCACAAGUUCAUUGACGCCGGCAAGCCCGUGUUCCACAUCGAGUACCCUCCCGAUGACGACGCCCAGACGUACCCCGACGACCUCCGCAAGGAGAUUUGCGCGCGCAAAGGCGCUGGCAAGGGCUCGGACCGGUUCAGCACCGUCUUCAAGAGGAUGAGCCUCGAUGGAUGGGUGCAGUUCUGCAACGGUGACAUACAUGAGACGGCGAUGGUGCCUGGUGACAGUAAAUAA